AUGACAAACUUUGAUCCUAACACAACCAAGCAUAUCCAGAUUGGCGGAAGAAAACUGACACUAGCGGUGGCUCAAUCCAACAUUGUCAAGAAACAUUUGGUUGCGAAGUUCCCACAACUCAAGUGUUCGAUUUUGGCGUUGAGCACUUUGGGAGACCAAAUCCAGUCGCAACCACUCUACCUGUUCGGAGGCAAGGCGCUUUGGACCAAGGAAUUAGAAACACUUUUGAUGCAAGCCAUCGGAGGUCUUCCGCAGCUCGACAUGAUUGUCCAUUCGCUCAAAGAUGUCCCCACAAAUCUCCCUGAGGAGUUCGAAUUGGGUUGUAUUUUGGACAGACUGGACCCGCGUGAUGUCCUUGUGAUGAGAAAGGGCUCGAAAUACAAAUCUUUGGCGGAAUUGCCGGCCGGAACCAUGGUUGGAACUUCCUCGGUAAGAAGGUCAUCGCAGCUUAUGAAGAACUACCCCCACUUGCGGUUCGACUCUGCUAGAGGAAAUAUUAACACCAGAGUGCAAAAACUCGACGCUGAAGACUCGCCUUUCGAAUGUCUUUUAUUGGCUGCUGCCGGAUUACAGAGAGUAGGUUUGGACCAUCGAAUCACCACCUAUUUGGAUGCUCCCGAUAUGUAUUACGCAGUGGGCCAGGGAGCCUUAGGAGUGGAAAUCAGAAAGGGAGAUGAACAAAUUAAACAACUUUUACAAGCGAUUGAAGAUGUUCCUACUUCACUCUGCUGUCAUGCCGAAAGAUCGCUCAUGCGUUACUUGGAAGGAGGAUGUUCAGUGCCCAUUGGUGUGCACACCGACUACGACAAAACUACACAAGUGUUGAAAUUCAAUGCCAUCGUCGUUAGUCCCGAUGGAAAUGAGUUUGUCGAAGAUAAGAUAGAAAUGAAGGUUACUACUAAAAGUGAAGCCGAUGCUUUGGGUCAACAAUUGGGCGACAAAUUGAUAGCCAAAGGUGCAAAGGAAAUCUUGGCUGCAAUCAAUUUUGACCGAAUCAACCAACCACCAGUGGUGGUUCCAUCGCCUGCACCAUCGGAGAUUAUCGUAUCCAGUUCGGAUGAAGAAAAGGAGAAAUUCGGAGAAGAUCGGAUGAGUGGCGCCCAAAGAUAUGUAUAA